AUGAAAUUUGUUCUUGUCCUCUGCGCCCUCGUCGCUGUUGCCGCCGCUUCUUAUGCAGUGAACACGGCUGCCCAGGAUUCCAAUUCCAACUACAACAAACUCCCAAACCCAGGAUACAAUCGUGCUUAUGAUGAGUUUGAUCAUCCAUCCAGAAGACACCACCGUUAUGGCGGCCGCAGACAUCAUUCUCGUUCCAGCUCGGAUUCUUCUGAUUCCGACUCCGACUCUGACUCGUCUUCUGAUUCCAGCUCUGGCUCUCAUUCCCGCAGUAGCUCGGAGAGCGGCAGCUAUGAAGAUAGAGGAUACAUUGUUUAUGCACCACCAGCUCAAGCUCCAGCCUACGGAGGUGCUUCUAAUGACGCCCCAGCUCAAACUGUGUACGGAGCACCAGCACAAGACAACGGAGCCGGAUACUGA